AUGAAGAAUAACUCUGAGCUGAAGGGAAGAGUGAUUAGGGUCAUGUGGUCUCAUCGUGAUCCUGAUGCUAGGAGAAGUGGAAUUGGGAAUGUGUUUGUCAAGAACUUGAGCGAUGGGAUUGAUAAUGUAGCGCUUCAAGAUAUGUUUAGAAAAUUCGGAAAUGUGUUGUCUUGCAAAGUCGCCAUGUUUGAGGAUGGGAAGAGUAAAGGCUACGGCUUUGUUCAGUUUGAGACUGAGGAGUCAGCUCUUGCUGCUACAGACAAGCUAAAUGGCUUUACAGUUGCAAACAAACAGUUCAUUUAUGGGGAUGUUCAGGUGUGUGACGAUGUUCAAGAAAAGCAUCGGGUCAUUGGGAGUGGAGCAAUGGAUGAAUACAAGAAUGAUAAUGACCUUUUAUGCGGGACUAGUGAGCUCUGUGUGAAAAACUGCAUUGCUUGCCGAGUGCAAAAUUUCCGUAAGUCCAUACCUAAAGGACUUGUCUUCUCUUGUGGAAUUCAGAAGCGUAAAACAGAACAUACGGGUCUUAAUGACAUCUCUAGCAGGAGCCAUGGGGUCUUCGCGAUUUAUCUUUCCACUUCUUGUCAGGAUGUUUACAGGGCUGUUGUUACUGGGUAG